GGCGCGAGUUUAGCGUUGGCCUUACGGGGAGAGUUUCCUUUACGUGAUGCAUUUGCUCGUUUCCGCCGGAGAAGCCGUUUUCGCGGUGGCAGCUCCCUUCGGAGGCAGUGCGGUGCCCGCUGCGGAGAGCAGCGCCGCGGGUGCCGCUCGCGGUGCCGGCUUUGCGGAGAGGGCCGGGCUGUGGUCUCUGCGCGACUCGGCAGCUCGGGCGCCUGGAACUGCAGCAAGAGUUCCUCCCGGUGCGGUGGGAAGAGCGAGGAUUGAUGGAGAAAAUGAAGACUCAGCCCAAAAGACAGAGCCUGCAGAUCAGCUAGUUGACUCUUUGGAGUCCAGUACUUCGCAGAGCGGGUCACAGAUUGGGGCGCACCUGAGUACAGGCACAACAGAGCGCUCAAAGGAAGAAGUUGGCAUUCUGGAAGAUCAGAAAGUGGCUGAACUAGAAGAGAAGCUGCCUGACCAAAUCCAGUCCCUCAAAAAGGAAGCUGCUGUUCGGGUAACCAACUACCAUGUACCUCAGGGAGUGGGGGAUAUAGUCAUGAUUCAGUCCGAUCACACUGGUGCUAUGGAUAUCCUUUCAGCUGAGCUGGAGACUGCAGACCUCCUUGGGGAGCAGAGGAAAGCUCAGCCUCCCCCUCUGGCUGCACCUACCAUGUGGACCACCGAGAAGAUGAAGGAAUUCAAAGCCAAGAUGGGAAAGGAGAAGAAUGGCCGGAUGGUGGUGAAACGAGGCGAGGUGGUGACAGUCCGUGUGCCAACCCAUCCUGAUGGGAAAUGCAUUUGCUGGGAGUUUGCUACGGAUGACUACGACAUUGGGUUUGGAGUCUAUUUUGACUGGACCACAGUUACUAGCACUGCCAUUACUGUUCAGGUCAGUGAAUCCAGUGAUGAAGAGGAUGAAGAAGAAGACGAGGAAAUUGAAGGACUGUCCCCUGUAGGUGAUGUAGAGCGGGGUUCCAAAACCUAUCUGCGGAACCGCUACGGAGAGAUCAUGCCUGUGUACCGCAGGAACAGCCAUCGGGAGGUACAGGCAGGCAGCCACGAGUAUCCGGGCGAGGGCAUCUACCUGCUGAAAUUUGAUAACUCGUACUCUCUGCUCCGCAAUAAGACUCUGUUUUUUCACGUCUACUACACCAGCUGAAGAAGAGGGAAAGGGCAAGGAUGGCAGGCAGGUGAUGGUGAGUGUAGCAGGCUGCCACCCAGCCCUGGUACCACCUGAUGGGUACUGCUGUGUGACAGAACGAAGGUGCAAUUCUGCCAGCUCUUCUUCGAACACGAACUGGUUUCUUCCCACACCUUCCUUCUCCACUGUCCCAGGGAGAAAGGUAGUUGUGACUGCCUGGUUGUUCCCAGGCAGCUGCUCUUUCUCUAAAACUUUGGGAGGUCUGCUCCGUGCAGGCAGUGGGCUGGACCUUCACAUCACAGCUGGCAAUUGCCCAGAAGCCAGGUUCAGGUGGUUGUGGUUCUGAUCUGUUGUGCUGGUACAAAAUGAAGUGAAAAUAAUCUGUUACUAUUUUGUGAAUAACUUUUCCAACUCUCCUGCUGCAUCUGCGUCACUAGAGGGCAGCUGUUAGCUUCAGUGAGCCAGAAGCACAGCUGGCUUGUCACUUAGCCAGGGCAACCCCAUCACCUACCAUCACUACAGGCACCAGCAGUCUGUGCUUCCUUCACUCACGCAAAUGGGUGGUAGUGUAGCUGGCCAGCAGCAGCCCGUGCUGCAGUGGCUUGGCAGUGCUACAACAGGUGGGCCCCAAAUAGCAGUCACAGCUCAUGUUUGAACGGGGUGGGAGCAGGGUGCACACCUCAUAGUCCAUAAGAAGGCUUUCCUACAGAUUAAGAAUUGGAUGUUAUAUCUGUUGAUUGUAGGCGUAUGUAGAUGAUUAAAACCUCAGUGAUUACCAAAAGUUUUUCCUGUAAUCCAGAUGCGAAGCAGAAAACAUUACUUACUGCCAUGCUGAAUGAAUACAAACCGGUUGGAAUACAACCAAUAAAUAUACAGGAAGUGUU